GAGUAAAUGUUUUAUUUUAGCCGUUGUCAGAUCUUAAACAACUCACUGUUAUCCCCUUCUUCUCUUUCCCCCAAAUUCAAAUUUCCUUCUAACCAGCACCAAACUCAGAUUAAACUCAUCUGGAGUAUAAUUAUGACAGCCUAGUUUAUAUAUACCCCACUGCAAUUAUAUAUAAACUAUUAAACUAUAGUAAUUGUAGUUUAGGAUUUCGCUUUUAAUAUUAAUUAGUCUCGUAUUAAUCUCCCUCUCCCUUUCACUGUUACCUAGAACGUCUCUUGAUUAGCUUAAACCACUUGCUCUCUUUUCCCCCAAAUCUCAAGACGCACAGCUCGCCACAUAGCUCUUUCAUUACAUAAUCAUAGAUUUUGAGUUUAUUCGGUUUGAUUUUUAUUUCGUUUGAUUUUAAUUAGAGUUUUAAUCUUAAGCUUCUCGUCGAUUCACUUUGCACAUUGGUGACUCUCUGACAGAGGAUGAUUGAGCUGAGUUUUCAUUCUGUAGCGUUUUAUAUGUGUGUAUAGAGACGAGAGAGAGAGAGAGAGAGAGAGAGAGAGAGAGAGCCAGAGCGAGAGAGAGAGACAGAGAGAGAUGUUGUCUGUUUCGCCAUCAAUGUUAAUGAGGAGUUCAUUAGAAGAAAUGUUGGAUUCGCUGAGGCAAAGAGACGAGGAAGAGAGGCCGAAGGACUUGCCGCCGGCGUUACCUGCACGGCCGACUUCUAAGGCUCGCCGGCCGUCAGCGAAGCGUCCGUUGCCCGCUAAAUUUGAGAAUAACUCGGAGGAUUUAAUUUGCGGUGGUAAAAGACAGGAGGUUAAACAUUCCAGAACUGGGAGUUUUGGUGGUAAAAAGUUGAAGGAAGGUGAUGGGGAUGAGUCGCCUUAUGAAGUUUCUCCGGCAUUGGUAGAUAAGCAAUCGGUGGCGUCUUCUUCUUUGUUGCCGAGGUUUUUGAACUCUGACUUGAAUGAUAAUUUCGGUUAUUUUAUUAAAAAGAAACUUCGAGUUUGGUGUCAGCUUCAAAACGGACACUGGGAGUCGGGACAGAUACAGUCUAUAUCAAGCGAUACGGCCAGUGUUUUACUCUUGAAUGGAAGUGUGGUGACGGUGUCCGCGGAGGAUUUGUUACCUGCAAAUCCAGAUGUCCUCGAGGGCGUGGAUGAUCUUAUAGAGCUUAGUUAUUUAAAUGAGCCAUCAGUUCUUCAUAACCUUCAGUACAGAUAUUCUCACGAUUUGAUAUAUAGCAUGUCUGGGCCUGUUCUGAUAGCAACCAAUCCAUUCAAAAAGGUUGAACUUUAUGGAAAUGACUAUGUCACGGCUUACAGGCAAAAGCUUUUGGACAGCCCUCAUGUUUACUCUGUGGCUGACACUGCCUAUAACGAGAUGAUGAGAGAUGGAGUAAAUCAAGCAAUAAUAAUAAGUGGGGAAAGUGGUUCUGGGAAAACUGAAACAGCCAAUUUCGCAAUGCAAUAUUUGGGAGCUAUUGGUGGUGUUAAUGAUAGAAUAGAACUUCAAUUGAUACAGACAAGCCAUGUACUGGAAGCAUUUGGGAAUGCAAAAACAUCUCUGAAUGACAACUCAAGCCGAUUUGGGAAAUUGAUAACAAUCUAUUUUAAUGCUGUGGGGAAUAUAUGUGGUGCUCAAAUCGAGACUUUUCUUCUGGAAAAGUCAAGAGUUGUUCAUCUGGCCCGUGGAGAGCGGUCGUAUCAUGUUUUUUACCAGCUUUGUGCUGGGGCUCCAUCUGCCCUUAAAGAGAAGCUGAAUUUGAAAGCAGCAAGUGAAUACAACUAUCUUAAUCAGAAUGGUUGCUUAGGAGCUGAUAAUGUCGAUAAUGCUCAGAAGUUUCAAAUACUACUGGAAGCUCUAAAUGCGUUUAGUAUGUCCAAAGAGGAUCAAGAGCAUGUCUUUCAAGUGGUGGCUGCAGUACUGUGGCUGGGAAACAUUUCAUUUCAAGUCAUUGACAGUGAAGAUCACGUGAAAAUUGUUGCUGAUGAAGCAUUAGCAACGGCCAGUAGCUUACUUGGGUGCCGUUCUGAGGACCUCAUGUUAGUUCUGUCUAUCAAUAGAAUCCAGACUAGCAAGGAUAUUGCCGCUAAAAGCUUGACAUUGCAGCAGGCGAUCGAAAAAAGAGAUGCAUUGGCGAAAUUUCUAUAUGCAAGCUUAUUUAACUGGCUUGUAGACAAGAUCAAUGGAUCGAUUGAGAAGGGUGAACGACAAGCUGGGAGAUCCAUAAGCAUUCUGGAUGUAUAUGGAUUUGAGUCAUUUCAGAGGAAUAGCCUCGAACAGUUAUUUAUAAACUAUGCGAGUGAGAGGCUGCAUCAGCAUUUCAUUCGUCAUCUUCUCAAACUUCAACAAGAGGAGUAUGAUUUAGAUGGGAUUGACUGGACAAAAGUUGAAUAUAGAGACAACAAGGAUUGCUUGGAUCUUUUUGAGAAGAGGCAGACAGGGUUAAUAUCUUUAUUGGACGAGGAGUCGAAUCUUACUAAGACAAGUAGUCUGACCUUCGCCGAAAAGAUUAAUCAGCAUUGUAAAACCAACCCUUGCUUUAAUAGAGAACAGGGUGGAGCGUUCACUAUUUGCCAUUAUGCUGGAGAAGUUCAAUAUAACACCAGUGGUUUCUUGGAAAAGAACAGAGAUUCUUUGCACUCGGAUUCUAUUGAACUCCUCUUUUCAUGCAGCAGUCAACUGCCUCAGUUGUUUGCUUCCAAUAAUGCAGAUCAGGCAUCUGUAUUUCAUCAGCAAAGUCUUGGCACAAAGUUGAAAGCUCAUCUGUUCAUGCUGAUGCAACAAUUGGAGAACUCUACACCACAUUUUAUUCUGUGCAUAAAACCCAACUCUGGACAGAUCCCUGGUAUAUAUGAAAAGGAACUUGUCCUGAAGCAGCUACGUUGCUGUGAGAUUCUGCAGGUAGUUAAAAUAUCAAGAUCUGGAUAUCCUACUCGAAUCACACAUCAAGAAUUUGCAGAAAGGUAUGGCAUCCUUUCCAAGUUUGGUUUCAGUCAGGAUCCACUAAGUGCAUCAGUCUCUGUUCUGCAGCAGUUUGGUAUUCAGCACGAAAUGUAUCAAGUUGGUUAUACAAAAUUAUAUUUCAGAGCAGGACAGAAUGACGCAUUAGAGGAAGCAAGAAAACAAGUUUUGCAAGGCACACUUGAGGUGCAGAGAUGCUUUCGUUGUCAUCAGGCUCGUCGCUACUUCCAUGAACUGAAGAGAGGGGUGAUAUCACUUCAAUCAUUUAUUCGUGCUACGACUGCCCGGAGGAAGUACAAUUAUCUCAUUAAUUUGAGGAAACAGGCUGUUCAGCAAACACUUGAUGAGAAACAAAGGGCUGUUCUACGAUUACAAGCUGCAAUACGUGGCUGGCUGGUUCGUAAAGAAUCAAAAAAAUUGCUUAAAGUGAAAAAGUCUAGUCAAGAACACACAGGUUCUAGUCACAAUCUGAGCAGGAGGAUUUCUGAUGUAAAGAAGGAGAUGCCUGAAGAAAAUAUCCAGAUCCUGCCUUUAGCCAUGGAUGAGCUUCAAAGGCGUGUUUUAAUGGCAGAAACAACCCUUGAGAAAAAAGAACAGGAAAAUGCAGUACUGCGGGAUCAAGUUCAGCAAUAUGAGGCUAGGUGGGCAGAAUAUGAAGUCAAAAUGAAAUUAAUGGAGGAUAUGUGGCAAAAGCAGACAACCUCUUUGCAAAUGAGCCUGGCUGCAGUUAAGAAAAGUCUUGCCGACAGUACCUCUGUCCAUUGUGAAGGGCAAGAGGGUUCACCAUCACCUCAGUAUUAUGAUUCUGAUGAUAAACAUUCCUUGGAAACUCACACCCCUGACGAUACUCCAAUCAAAUUAACUAGCUCUAUUUCAGAGUUUGGAGCAGGGCGGCAAGCUAAUGGUAAUAGAAAUGCAGUUAGUCACCUGAUAAAGGAGUUUGAGCAACGAAAACAGACCUUUGAUGACGAGGCCAAAGCCAUUAUCGAGAUUAAAUCAGGGCAUCCAACUUCUGGGAACCCUGAUGAAGAACUCCGGAGUCUGAAAAACAAGUUUGAAGGUUGGAUGAAAGACUAUAAAGCUCGGUUACGAGAGGCGAAGACAAAGAUUCAGAAGCUGCCAUCUGCUGAAAGACGUCGUCGCAACUUAUGGUGUGGAGGAAUUAGUAAAUGGUAGUGAAAUUAGAUUGUGUCCCAAGAGCACAGCUUUUUUGUUGGACGAAAUCUAUCACCUCACCUCUGUUGUGAGAUGGCUGAUGGAGCUUUUCAUAUAAUUCUUUCCUACUCAUGAAGUAGAUUCUUUCCAUCUUGGAUGAGGAUUAGAGAUUAAAAGCCUCUUGCUUUGUCGGGUUGUCCCAAACAAAGUGCUUUUGUUAAUAGUUAUGUUAUUAUUAAUGUAAUACCACCACAGCUGUUGUAUCUAGUAAAUAGAGCUGAGGUACAGAGGAGAAUUAUCUAAUAUGGACUUGUAUGGGUACAUAAUUGGAUUUUAUAUGGAAUUAUUACAAUUAAA